AUGGCAACACAUUCAUCAUCAUUAUCAUCCUCUGUAUCAAUAUCACCAUCAAUUUCAUCAUCAUCAAUAUCUAACCACCACCAACAACAGCAACAACCAACAUCAUCACGUAGACAAAGCAACAGUCACGAAUUGGAGGAUAGAUACGGCGAUACAACAUUAUAUCCAUGUCCAUCAAAGUUUGAAAAAAUUGUACCAUUGGAUGAAAGAUAUAUUACACAUACUGUUUUUUUAAAAAAUAAAUCAUCAGAAACUACAUUUAUUGGAUUAUUAACAUCAAAAAAAUUUUAUAAAGUAGAUUCAGAUACAUUAAAAAAAAUAUGGACAAUAGAUUUAUUUGACAUGCAUUCGAUUGAGGGUGAUGAAUCACCCGAUCCAAAAACCCUAAGAAUAGUAUAUCAUGUCAAACAACAACAGACACCAAACCAAAGUGGACAACAAUUUGACCCAAAUCACCAUCAUCACCAAAAUAUAAAUGAUAGCAAUAACCCAGAACUAUCACCACCAGAUUCACCAACCAUUCAAUCACGUAUUUCAACUAGUAUGGCGAAAAGAUCAUCCAAUGAUAAUUAUAUGGCAGAAAAGAUAUUAAUAGCAGAGUCAGAGGAAACCAGAGAUCAAUGGUUAAUUUCAUUAAGAUUAUUAACAAGACAAACCUUUCAAAAAUAUUUCGAGGCUUCUUUUAUACCCGCACCUGCAAUUUAUCAACUACAUGUUUAUGCAUACAAAACAAAUAGAAAGGGUAAAAACCAAGUAAGAUGUAUUUUAAUUUCAACAGAAAGAUGUUAUAACAUAAGUAUCAAGACCCCAUCUUUAGAAAUUGGCAAAGUUAAAUGGUCAUUCCCUAUAGGAAAUUUAAAAUCACUCUCAACCUUUAAAAAUGCACCAAAUACAUUAGUUUUAAUUUUAGAUAAUAAAGAGAAUACAAAGGUUAAAGAACAACAACAGUUUAUAUUAAAGGAUCAAAUUGAAAGAAAUUUAUUAAUAAAUGAAAUUAGGAGAAUAUUUUUAAAGAUUACAAAACAACAUUUAACAAAAGAUGAAAAGGAUGAAUUCCCAAAAAAAGCAAGCAAGCCACUAGGCAAAUUUAUUUAA